AUGAAGACACUACUAGUCUUUACCGUGGUUGCGGUCGCUUUGGCCGCGGUGAACUCGAUAGCGGUUGAUCCGAGGAAGCUCGACUGGAACUUGGUACGCACUCUCCAUCAAACCGAUGCCAUUCGUGCGAAGCAAGGACUACCGCCACUGACGGACGAUGAGGUCCGUUCGGCAAGGAUCGCCGAUGGUCAGAUUGCAACACCGACACAGUUCCCGUGGGCAGCCGGUGUUCUGAUAUCCGGGUCGUCGUCGCACAGCUUCUGCAGUGGUGUGCUGAUCUCCCGCCGACAUGUCCUGACGGCUGCUGUAUGCAUUUCGGGCUCCAACACACUUACCGUCCUGCUGGGUGCUUCGGAUAUGACGCGCGUGGAGGAAUUCAUCGCCGUAACGAACAUUCUUUCGCAUCCGAACUAUAGCUCCUUCUUCAACCGGGACGAUAUUGCCAUCCUGACGCUAGCGCGUGAAGCUCCUCUUAGUGAUACCAUUCGGCCAGUGGAGCUGCCACGUCUGAGCCAGGUGGGAAAUGAUUUUAACAGCUGGGCCGCUACAACUGCCGGUUGGGGUAACUCUGGACGUCGCGAGAAUGAACCGAUUCCGAUCCAGAAUCUACAGUUUGCUACCGAUGCAGUAACGUCCAACUUGCGCUGUACGCUGUCCCAUACGUUUAUUCGCGGUACGCACAUCUGCACACUGACGGAUAAUGGAGGAGCUUGCAAUGGCGAUGAAGGAGGUCCGGUCACCGUUACCGAAAGUGGCCGUACAUUCCUCGUUGGAAUUCACUCGUUCCAUUUCUCCGGCCUGUUCGGCUGUGAUCGUGGACGUCCCUCCGUGCACACGCGCAUCACGGAGUAUCUGGGCUGGAUCCAGCAGAAUUCCGAUGCCAUUGUAGAGCCUUAA